UGCUACGUAGGCAUUCGAUCUAUCAUCAUACACUGUGCCAUGCAAAACACACAGGAAGUUGGAAGAAGUGAGAAAGGGACAAGCUUUAUGAAAUUUCUCGCCCUGUGAAUAUAUUUGAUUGCCGAAAAUAUAAUUUUUUGGAAAUCCAUUCAGCUACCUAGCUAGUUAGUUAUCGCGAUUAGGUUCUAGGAGUGAACAUUCAAGCGGUACUUCUGCAUCCAGAGCAAGAMACUGGGGUGUAGGACAUGGCAAGUAGGGGUGGUGCAACACGACCCAAUGGGCCAAACACAGGCAACAAGAUCUCCCAGUUCAAAUUAGUACUCUUAGGGGAGUCCGCUGUGGGAAAGUCCAGUCUGGUACUUCGCUUUGUCAAGGGCCAGUUUCAGGAAUUCCAAGAGAGCACAAUUGGAGCUGCCUUCCUGACUCAGACAGUAUGUUUGGAUGACACGACAGUCAAGUUUGAGAUCUGGGACACAGCUGGUCAGGAGCGCUACCACAGCUUAGCACCCAUGUACUACAGAGGUGCCCAGGCCGCCAUCGUGGUCUACGACAUAACUAACAAAGACUCCUUUGCACGAGCAAAGAACUGGGUUAAGGAGCUUCAGAGACAAGCCAGUCCAAAUAUUGUAAUAGCGUUGGCUGGGAACAAAGCUGACCUUGCAAACAAACGAGCAUUGGAUUUUCAGGAUGCCCAGUCAUACGCAGAUGAUAACAGUUUACUGUUCAUGGAAACAUCAGCAAAGACCUCUAUGAACGUUAAUGAGAUAUUCAUGGCUAUUGCAAAGAAAUUACCCAAGAACGAGCCUCAAGCUGCCGGAGCGAACAGUGGGCGGAACCGGGGAGUGGAUCUUACGGAGACAGCUCAGCCAGCCAGCCGCUCCUGCUGCAGUACCUAAACCUGGCCCACUCGUCCCWCAUGCACCUUCCCCCUCUCUUCCUAACUCUGAAUAACAUCUGGACAUGGUGUUCCCCUUCCUGACAUCAGACCUUCCACCUCUCGUCCUUUCUCCUUGGAAUAGCUGAAGACUCUGUAUAGCUGCAUUUCUAAUACCUUGUUUGGUUUUACUUUCAUUUUAAAGUGUAUAUCAGUAUAAUGUAUGCAUGUAUCACUACAAGGCCUAAAACAUUUUUUUUUUUUUACUUCAGUUGGAAGACUAGCCCCUACGAGAGAAAGUAAGCUGUGUGUGUGUGUGUGUGUGUGUGUGUGUGUGACUGAUUCCCUGAAGAGAAAGUGUAACCUAGGUCAUAGGGUUAUUCGACUGGGGGUAAAAGGGAGUUGAGUGUCCUUCCAAACAAAACAAACCAAAUUCACCCAUUGUGAAAUGCCUGGAGGCUAUGACAGUUUGUACUGAGUAUAAUAACAUCAUUGAAGCAGUGUCAGGUAAGGACUAUCAAACCAAGCAUUCCUCCUUGCACCUGCUGCCGAGACGACGACAUAUCCGUCUGCAGAGAAGUUUGGCAAGAACUUCCAACGCUAUUACACCACUGGCCCACUGCAACCGGUUGAACAGGAUUUAAGGGGGGUUUUGUGAUUGGAUGMCUGAUGACUCUGCAAGUUUGUCACAUCUAUGAUGACAGCCUUGUGCAUCAUGGGAAGUCCCUCUUCAAACCACAAUAUUCUCUGGUUGAUACAUUGAUUUAAGGAGAACAUUGAGACAGUUGGACAUGCUCAGACAAGUUUAGUAAAAUGUAAAAUGUCUUGCUAAGACCUAACACAUGACUAGUCCGUUGUUUCCCCAAACUGUUAUUGUUCAGUUAUCAACUUGUCAGAAUUAGUGGUGUUAAAAAGUAGGCCUCAAACCAUGCACCAACAUAAGUCUUGACUAUUACCUAUCAUCAGUCUGUGGAAUAUUACUCUGUUAUAUAGGGUGUUGCAAUGUAUCUUCUACCAAUACAGCUUGGAGGGCAUAAGCUUGUCAGGAAAGUAUCUAGAGAUUCUGAACAAUUGUACAGUACACCAAUGUAGGUCUAGGUCUGCUAUGGGUUUGUGACCUUGUCACAAACAAACUGGUCAAAUGCUAAUCAAUGGUGGUCUUUUUAACUAUGUAGUGUUAUUAACAAUUCAAUUGUAUCUCCUGUGUCUUGUUACUUUUCUCAAUGGUCUGUUCAUAUUUGAGAGGACUAUUGCAUUGCACAAUUGUUGGUUAUAUUUUAAUUGAUGACUGGCCAUUACAAUUUAUAAAACUGAUGCACUGUGUCGGACUUGCUAACCUAUUGCAAACAACCGGUAGUGGCUUACUGACUGGUAGUCUUUCUGAAGCCAGGUGGAUUUAACAAUGUCAAACAUGACUAGUGAAGAAGGACUGAUCAGUUUGAGUGUCAGGGUACAAGUCAAUAAAUUCAAUAAAUUAGGUAUAUUGCUA